AUGCAAAGCAAACAGUACCUCUCCCUGUGCCUCGUGGCGCUCGUGCUGGGCCAGGCGUUCACCCUGCCCCAACAGGGGCUCUCGCAGCAGCAGGUCGAACAACAGGACGGGAGAAAGUUCGCGGAGAAGCCCAACGCCAUGAAGAAGGUCGCCCUCGACGACAUCGAGGACAUCAGCACCAAUUCAAUUCAGGAGGGCGUGGGCACGGGCUUCUCGUGGUCGAACAUGCUGGGCAUGCUGAUGCAGAUGCUGCUGGGCCAGACCGCGGGUAUAGCCAGUCCGAGCAAGAACGAGAUCGACGACGGGGUGCCAACCAGUCCCUGGGCCAACCUCCUGUCCGUGGGUCUGCGGGUCCUCACCGCCAUCCUCGGGGGUCCCCAGCAACAGGUCGACGGCAUCGACAAGGUCGACAACCAGGCCAGCAGUCCCAUGCAGGGUGUUUUGACAGCGGUACUGGGCGCGUUUCUGGGACAGGGCCGAAAUCCAGAACAGGUGGCAGUGAUUGCCGGUCAAGCCUCUGAGUUCAUCAAUAUCGUCAUCAAUCUCCUGGACGCCCUGAAGACCUCCUUCUCCCACCGCUCGCUCCAGGCCCGCUCGCUCGGCAGGAAGGACACCGUGUCCGAGGCCGCGGUCGCCUCCAUCUCCAUGAUCAAGGGCUACUUGAGAUCGAUGAAGACCUUCAGUAACGUCGGCCGCGCCGAAGACGAGGGCCAGCGCGGGUGCGCCGAGCGCGUGUUGUGCGAAGCCAGUGCCGAGUGCGCCGCUGGCACCGCCGGCACCACGUCCAUCUUCUGCCAGCUGGGAUCGUACGCGGCGAGUUACAUGCUGGUGAGGCAGAGCGGGGUGCCCUUCGAGGAGCUGUACGAGGCCGGUAGGCGCGGGCGCUCCGGGGAGGACUGCAGGACGCUCUUCCUCGACUGCAACAACGUCUGA